UCAUCGCUCGCCUAAUUAACAAUCACCAGAAGUAAUCAUUGAUAACUAAACACCGUACACAAACAUGAGCAUUCUUUGCUACCCGGCAGCCGUCGUCGUCGCGGCCGUGGUCAUCCUGGCAGCCAGCGGCACCGGAGUGAUGGGCGCCGAUGAGCCUGCCCCGCCGCUGCCGUGUUCCACGGUGUACGACGAGCUGCAGGCGUGCAUCCCGUACCUGUCGGGACGCGGGGACCCGUCGAAGGAAUGCUGCGGCGGGGUGAAGGCGAUGCAGCCCUACUCCAAUGCCAAGUCCUCCCGGUCGGCGAUCUGCCAGUGCCUCAAGUCGAUGGCGAGUUUGGUCCCCGGGGUUGAUCUGUCCGCCGCCUCCAAGCUUCCCAAGAAGUGCAACGUCAACGUCAAGCUGCCUGAGCUCUCUCUCGACAUCGACUGUUCCAAGGCCUGAUGAUGGUGAUGAUGCAAUCGGUGAGGAUGGAUGGAGUAGUUAUGAUUACUGAAAUAAAUUAAUA